AUGCCAGCUAUAUCUCUUCUUUCCCGCUCCGAGCUCUCGGUCGAGUAUCCUACCUACUAUCGUCGUUGGCUCGAAACUGUCAGUGGCCUCAGCAACCCAAAUGGAUGGGGUCACUCAGCUGAUACCGACACCCACCCCAUCAACACUGCCAACACCGCCAACACCACUGAUGACAGUAAUGUACCUUUUGCCGGUCCAAACCCUACCACUUUUAUCUUAUGUGGUAUCUUUGCUGUUGUCCUGGUCGCCCUACUCUUCAUAGGUUGCGCAUUCUUUGGUCGUUCAAAGCCUGAGGAAGAAUCAACGACAGAAGCGAACAUUGGUCAAGGUCGUGAAAUCCCACUUCAAACUACUUCUGCUACACAAUCGACUUUCUCUUCGGAUUCAGAAGAAGAUUUCAACGAAAAAUCUUCAGACAGGAUACAAGGGAUGAUGUCACAUGGUAUUGUAUAUCCAUCGGAAGGAAAGGAAAAGGAAAAGGAUAAAGAAGAAAAAGAUUAUUGUAAAGCCAAUUUUGAUCAAUCUCAUCCUCAUUAUGAUCUCGGUGAUCGUCAUGAUCAUCAUUACCACCAGGAAGAAGGUUCUGAAAAGAAAACGAUGGAUAAGAAAAAAGAAUCAUCUUCGAAAGAAAUCACAUCAAAACUUUCUACUUGUAAAUCGAUCACUUUUAAAGAUUCUUCAUCAACCGAAAACAAUUUCAAACUUUCCACAUCGAAAGAAAUCACCUCUAGAGAUUCUCCAUGGAAAGAAAUUAAAUCGAUUUUAGCUACUUCGACAGAAAUCAAAUUUGAUAAUUGUCAUUUCAAAGAAACCACUUCCACUUCAACUUCUACUUCUCGAUUAUCGACUUGUAAAGAAAUCACUUUCAAAGAAACAACUUCAAAGGAAAUUACCAAUCUUAAAGAUGAUACUGAAAAGAAGAUACAACUUCAAUCUAAGAAUCCAUUCGACGAGAAGAAUCAAAUCAUCAUCCCUAAAAAACCUAUAGGAGGGAAAUAUUAUAUCCCUUCAAAAAGACAUAAUUUCCAUGAUCCAGGUCGUGAUUCGAUAGAUGAACUUCCAUUUCAUUAUGAUGAUCGUCCUCUGAGUGAAAUAUUGGAAGAAGAUGAAGAUGAUAUUAAAUCGAUAAGAUCUUUCAAUACGGUUUUAGCCGCUGCAAUUUCGAAUCCUAUGUCAAAAGACUUUGUCAUAAGUAAACAACCUUCAACUCCUGUUGUUUCUUUUAAAUCUUCUACAACUAUAAUCGGAACUACUAUCGAACAUCCACUUCAAGAUUCCGAUAUUGCCGAUCAUACUUCUAAACAAAUUUCUGAAUAUACUCAUAAAACUUUUACACCGAAACGUGACGAAAAGAUGAUAGGAAUGAUAGGAAAUACUCCUCCUUUGAACUUUCAUCAUUCUACAAACAAAAAUCGACAAAUGGGAAAAGGUUUGGAAACUCCUGAUAGUGAAAAUGAUUCAGGGUCGUAUAUGAAGAUUAUGACUAGGAAAAUGGAACAAUAUGAAGAUGGAACUUUCCCUCCUUCUCCCGAAUCCAUGACUGGUUAA